AUGCAUGGGGAGCGGAUUCGGAUUAAUGUCCUUGUAGUCCUGGGGGAUGACAUUGUGGACAGUUAUUUUAACACCUGGCCGGAUAACAAAGGUGAUGAGGAUAUGCUUGUCAUGGAGCUCCCGAAGCGAUUUGGUCGACCCGUCCUCGUUGAGGGUACUGCACUCGCUGCCCACUUCAAUUUUAUGUAUUAG